UAUCUAGAUAAAUUAAAAUGAGGAGGUCAUGUAACAGUUAUGUACAAUGUAAACUUGAUCAUUCCACUUUCUACUGGUGUACGUGACACGUAGAUUGUCAGUCAUGGCAGUGCCAAAUCCUUAUGAUAAUCUUCUUAAAUCAGUUGUAAUAAAUAGCAAAGAGCGUAAUUAUUAUGAUGUCUCAUCAUUUGGAAAAAAAUAUGAUCGUUUGCCGUUUUCAAUAAAAAUAUUACUAGAAAGCGCUGUAAGAAAUUGCGAUGGGUUUCAAGUUAAAGAUAGUGAUGUCAAAAAAAUUCUUGAUUGGGAAAUAAAUCAAGCGAGUGAUGACGUCGAAGUUGCAUUUAAACCAGCGAGAGUUAUUUUACAAGACUUGACUGGUGUUCCGGCAGUUGUUGAUUUUGCUGCAAUGAGAGAUUGCGUUAAAAGAUUAAACGGAGACCCGAAUAAAAUAAAUCCAAUAUGUCCUUCAGACUUGGUAAUUGACCAUUCAAUUCAAGUCGACUUUGUACGGAGCGGAGAUGCACUGAAAAAAAAUGAGGACUUGGAGUUUGAACGUAAUAAGGAAAGGUUUAUAUUUUUAAAAUGGGGAGCUAAGGCUUUGAAAAAUAUGUUGAUUGUACCACCAGGAAGUGGGAUUGUUCAUCAAGUUAACUUAGAGUACUUGGCACGUGUUGUAUUUGAUUCGGACGAUUUACUUUACCCCGACAGUGUUGUCGGUACUGAUUCUCAUACCACUAUGAUAAAUGGAUUAGGAAUUCUUGGAUGGGGUGUAGGUGGAAUUGAAGCUGAAGCGGUCAUGCUUGGACAAGCUGUAUCAAUGCUAUUACCCAAAGUUAUUGGAUACAAACUCGUGGGGACACUUAAUCAAUACGUCACUUCCACGGAUCUUGUAUUGACUAUUACCAAAAAUUUACGUCAAUUAGGAGUCGUAGGAAAAUUUGUUGAAUUUUAUGGACCAGGAGUAGCAGAGUUAAGUAUCGCGGAUCGCGCAACUAUUUCCAAUAUGUGUCCAGAGUACGGUGCGACCGUUGGUUUCUUUCCCGUCGACCAACAGAGUUUGAAUUAUUUACGACAAACUGGUCGCUCUGAGGAACAUAUCGACCGCAUAGAAAAAUAUUUACGAGCCGUUAAAAUGCUGAGAGAUUAUAAUAUCGAGUCACAAGAUCCCGUAUUUUCUGAAACAGUUACGUUGGAUUUAGCGACGGUCGUAUCAAGUGUAAGUGGCCCGAAGCGACCUCAUGAUCGUGUCUCUGUAUCAGAUAUGAAACUUGAUUUUAAUCAGUGUCUCACAAACAAGAUAGGAUUUAAGGGUUACGGAUUGUCGGCUGAUAAAAUAAAAACUGAGGGUAAAUUUAUGUUUGAAGGCCAAGAAUAUACAUUGAAACAUGGUUCAGUAGUAAUAGCCGCAAUUACUAGCUGUACCAACACAAGCAAUCCGAGUGUGAUGCUCGGUGCAGGUCUUCUUGCUAAAAAUGCCGUCGACGCAGGAUUGACUGUUGCCCCAUACAUAAAAACGUCUUUGUCACCUGGCUCUGGAGUAGUCACAUAUUAUUUACGCGAAAGCGGAGUCAUUCCAGCUCUCACUCAGCUCGGGUUCGACAUUGUGGGGUACGGGUGUAUGACAUGUAUCGGCAACAGCGGUCCUCUUGAAGACUCGAUCGCCGAGACAAUUGAAAAAAAAGAAUUAGUAUGCUGCGGAGUUUUGUCAGGAAAUCGUAACUUCGAGGGUAGAAUUCACCCAAGUACCCGAGCUAAUUAUUUAGCGUCGCCUUUACUCGUCAUCGCGUAUGCGAUCGCGGGUACAGUCGACAUUGACUUUGAAACGGAGCCUCUAGGACGUCGUGCCGACGGCAAAGAUAUUUAUUUACGCGACAUUUGGCCGACACGUGCGGACAUUCAAGCUGUUGAGCAAAAGUACGUAAUACCUGCGAUGUUCAAAAGCGUUUACGAUAAAAUCGAGAAAGGCAGCAACCGCUGGGCGAGUCUCGUUGCACCAGAAGGCCAACUUUACCCAUGGAAUGAAGACUCUACAUACAUAAAACAUCCUCCUUACUUUGAAACCCUUGAAAAGGAAUUACCGGAAAUAAAACCUAUUCGAAAAGCUAGAGUUCUAUUGAAUCUUGGUGACUCAGUUACAACCGACCAUAUAAGUCCUGCUGGAAGUAUAGCUCGUAAUUCUCCGGCUGCAAGAUACCUGGCUAAGCGAGGUUUAACACCCAGAGAAUUCAAUUCCUAUGGAGCUCGACGUGGCAACGAUGCAGUAAUGGUUCGAGGAACUUUUGCUAAUAUUCGUUUACUUAAUAAAUUUGUUGGAAAACCCGGCCCAAAAACAUUAUACUUACCUACUAAUGAAGAGAUGGACAUUUUUGACGCUGCAGAACGAUACGGAAAAGAUAAAGUUCCAUUGAUAGCUUUAGUUGGGAAAGAAUAUGGGUCAGGAUCCUCGAGAGAUUGGGCAGCUAAAGGUCCGUAUCUUCUGGGGAUCCGUGCAAUAAUUGCUGAGUCUUAUGAAAGAAUCCAUAGAUCAAAUUUAGUUGGAAUGGGAAUUGUUCCGCUGCAAUAUUUACCUGGGCAGACAGCCGAUACAUUGGGUCUUACUGGGGUUGAAUUAUUUGAUAUUGACAUACCAGCUGAUUGUCAGCCGCAUCAACAAAUUACUGUGCGUACUGACACGGGAAAAGAAUUUACUGUUAUUGUAAGAUUUGAUACGGAAGUUGAUUUAACAUAUUUCCGACACGGUGGGAUCCUUAAUUACAUGAUUAGAACUAUGAUAUAAAUUUUUUUUUUAAUUUAUGAAUUAGUCAAAAUUUUAAGACCGAGAUCUCGGAAAUUUAAAUUAUAACAUUCGUUAGAUAAAAAUUAUAUUUUAAAUUUUACC